AUGGCGGCGGCUGGCCCGGACAGGCGUGUCAACCUCGCGGUUGCCAAAAUCAUUCCUCCCAUCCUGUUAGGCAUCGUGAUUUACGCCUGCUACGCUGUCACCAAGCAACUAUGCAUCGAUUAUCUGAUUGAUCCUAUCCCGCACCAUUACAAUCGAAGUCCCCGGGUCGGCGCUGGUGCCGCUAUUAUCGCCGUUUUCUAUGUAUUGCUCAUACCGGUACUCGUAACUUACUUGCGGCUCUUUUACAAUGUCGCCUGGAACCCCGGCUUCCUUCCGCGGGGCGCGCCGUCCAUUGAGGAUCAGGACGAUAAUGGUUCCCGAUCUUCGAACCGACAUCAUCGCAAACACCGGAGGAGGAGGAGCAGUCGGUCACGCGGGAGGACAACUGAGAAGACCGACAGAAAUGACAUGGACCCGGAUGUCGAAGGGGGGUUGGAUUAUGCCGCUGGGGGGAAGGCGUAUCCCCUGAACACGGGGGGCCUUGAGAGUUUCUACACCAAGGACGUGUUUAUCUGUCAGCCCGAUGGGAGGCCGUCAUAUUGUUCUACCUGUUGCCAAUUCAAGACGGACAGAGCGCAUCAUUGUCGCGAAGUAGACCGAUGUGUCCGUAAGAUGGACCACUUUUGUCCUUGGGUUGGAGGUGUGGUCUCCGAGACAUCGUUCAAGUUCUUUAUUCAAUUCGUCUUUUACACGUUCAUAUUCUGUACAUUCGCUCUUAUUGUCUGCGCAGUGUUUACUGCUGAGUUGAAAAGAGAGGAAGGUCGAGCGAAUCCUCACUGGGCGGUUGGUAUUGGAUUGGGUGGCUUGUUUUGUUUAUUCACUUUUGGAAUGACUAUCAGCUCUCUUCAGCUUGCCAUGCUGAAUCUUUCAACGAUUGAGAACCUCAACCGUCGAUCUGCUGUUUGGACGUUGGCUAUCCGUAUACCGGACCAUAUUUUGAACAAGCUCAGCACACAGUGGGCUCCGACGUACCGUACUAUUACGUACCCCCUGCAGCCCGUCCCCUCAGGGCCACAGGCCGCUCCACCUCCGGCAGACCCGACGACCGGAGAGCGCCAUGUUUUUGCCAUUCUCCAGACAUUGCCUGGAGAGAAUCCGUUUGACUUGGGCAGUCCUCUCAGGAACCUUCAGCAAGUACUGGGAUACACCAUCUUCGACUGGCUGCUCCCACUCAAGCACAGUCCUUGCGCGGAUCAUGGCAGCCUAGAAAGCGCAUUCGUCCUUGGACCCGUCGUGACUCGUCUAAAAAAGGAAGCCGGUCUUGAGGCAUCUGCUGAAGGAGAGGGCUCUGAAUCAGGCAACAGACGAUCAAGGCAUCACCGAAAACGAGGGAAAAGCCGACGGCGUCACUAA